AUGGAGGAUCUUCUCAAACAAGGAAACUCUGAACAGUCCUUCCGAUCUCUUGCCAUAUACGGUCUCGGUGGAGUUGGAAAGAGCACCGUUGCCCUUAAGUACGCUAGAGCCAAAUUUGAGCUAGCAGAGCUUGAUGCUGUGUUCUGGGUCUACAGCGAGACCUCUAAUUCGAUAAAACAGAGUUUCACGGAUAUAGCUCUGCGACUGCGAUUACCCGGUGUUGAUACCGGAAAUCAUGACGAGAAUCGCUUACUCGUCCUGUACUGGCUUCAGCAGACUAAAUGCCGUUGGCUCCUCAUAUACGACAAUGCGGAGACACUAGAACUGAUAAGAACACACUGGCCUGUAGCAGCAUGCGGUCAAGCCAUCAUCACCACCCGCAAUGUAAGCUUUGCUUAUGCUAUAGCAGAUAGCGGACUAGAACUUGCCACAUGGGAUGCUGACACUGGAGCGCGGUUCCUCCUUCACCUCUUAUCUGACCAACCAAAGGAUGAGACUUUCCUUGCUCGCGAAUUAUCCAGCAAGCUGGGUGGACAUGCCCUGGCAAUAUCACAUACGGCUGGGCUUAUUCAUCAGCGCGCCUUGACCAUUGAGGAAUUUCUGAACAUGUACGACAAGCGCCCCACGUUGAUGCAUAGGAAACAAGGCGACAAUCCGUUCAGCACAUUGUGGGAUAUCUCCUUCAGCUCACUCAGCCUACAAAGCCAUAAUAUUUUAGGCGUCUUGUGUUUUCUUGCCUCUGACCAUAUUCCCCAAUCCCUCUUUGAACUCGAACUUGCUGUGGACCUUCCAGAAAACCUGCAAUUUUGCGCAGAUGACUUCGAGUUUGCAGAUGCUGUUCAUGAACUACUCAAUCUAACUUUAAUCAAAAGGGAUCGAGAGUCCCGAGCAUUGUCGGUGCAUCGACUGGUUCAGAUGUCGUUUCGGUACUUCAUGACACCAGACCAGAGAGAGGGAAGCUUCAAUAAUGCGGUAUCGCUGGUAUCUAAGGCCUUCCCUCGGAGAGGCCCUGACGUUGCUCAGUCCUACUUGGUGUGGAGCCAGUGUUCCAUGUACGUGCCGCACGUGCUGAGCCUAAAGGAUGCGUUCCGUCAGGCGAGGAAGUCCAACCCAAAAUUCACCGGAACCCAAGUCUACUGCGAUCUCAACAACCAAUGCCAACAACAUCUCUUGGAAGUAAACCAAUGCGGCGCUCUUGAGGAUCUGAUCGGCGUCACCGAGAUGGCGUUAAGCACACUCCCGGAGGAGCAGCAGACACCUGGACUUCAGUGCCCACUCCUUUCGCAAUCAGGCCAAUUGCUCAUUCGUCUUGGUAAGCCUGCUGAAGGGGUCAGUCGCUUAAGGCAGUCGUACGAUAUCCAAAGUCACGAGCAACCAUCAAACUUUCGAGACUUAGCCUGGGCUGCUGGAGACGUGGCUAAUGGCAUGGGCACACUGAAUGAAUUCCCUGAAGCCAUCAGGUGGCAUGAGCGUGCUCGGCAUCAUUGGUUCUGCGGGCCUAACGAUCAAACUUCUGAAAGAGGGCAUUGGCCUGCCUAUAUGGAAAGAAACUUGGCCGUAGCCCUAGUAUGGUCAGGUUUGCUUGAUCAAGCUCGAGAAAUUGCUACUUCAGCAUUGCAUCAGAUUGAGUCCACUGAUCCUUACGAUUGGGUUGUGGCAGCUUAUACUCGUUUUACUCUGGGAACAAUCAGUUUCAAAGAGAGAAACUUCGAAACCGCACAAGAUCAUUUAGAACACGCAGCCCAUCUGUGGAUGAAGAAGGGGGACCUUCAAACACAUCCGUUCAACGCAGCAUGUAUGUACCGACUGGCUGGUACAGAGUUGAUUCAAGGAAACUACGAGCGUGCAAUUGACCACCUACGACAAGCAUCAACUAUAAUAUCAAUGCAAGAACCAGCUUUGAUUGCCGAACGGGCCAGAUGUUUAUUUGGACUAUCCAAAGCUCUACAUCGGCAGCAAGGAGACCAGCAUCCCUUGCCCGAAGUCUUGAAAUUUCGUCAUGAGGCUGAGCUUCUCUUGCGUUCUCGCGAUCCUAACGUAGAGGAUCUCCAUCUCGAAAGCACCUACGACUCUUUAGUCAACAUUUUGUGGCGCUGA